AUGCUUGACCGAUAUUGUUUACAGAUCUUACCUAAAAUAGGUCAUAAAAUCAAAUGGCUUGAUCUUGAACCAUUAUCUAUGCAACGUAUUCUUCUUUCUGUAAAUUAUCCAAAUUUAUUUGGAUUUGGUAUAUAUAACAUUGAAAAACAGGCUGUUUUGAACCUAUUCAAUGACAAAACUUCUUUCAUACAUAAAUUUAAAAAUGACAUCUUAUCAUUUACGAUUAAAACUAUUAGCAUACAACAAGAUACACCAAUAGAUUUGGAUACACUUAUGUUUACACAUAUUUUCAAUAUGUUCACUAACUUAAAAUGUUUAAAUUUCGAUCCAUUUUUUCUUUGUUAUCAACGAAUAUCAUUCUGCUCUUCACCUCCAACUGUGUUUUCUUCAAUUUUAUUAGAAUUAUAUGUCAAAGUUAUGUAUGUUAAAGAUUGUCUUUAUUUACUUGAUGGUCGUUUCAAUCAACUGCGAACAUUCUGUGUUGAUAUAGCAAUUUCAUCUUCUUCUCGUUCGGUCGUAAAAAUAAAUAAGGAAAAACUACCAAAUUUACGAUGUUUUUCAUUAACUUGUCUUUUAAGUAUAGAAUUCUAUGAUACAGUAAUUAUACCACUUUUACAUCGAAUGUCAAAUUUAGAACGACUUAGUUUGUAUUUAUCGCACGUUUAUCGUAAUAGAUUUCUUAAUGGAAAUGACUUGAAACAAAAUAUUAUUGAUUAUUUACCACAAUUAAAUAAAUUUCGAUUUAAUAUUCGUUCAACUAUAUCGUUAAAAGAUCAAAUUGAUGUUCCAUCUAAUGAAGAUAUUCAAUAUACAUUCAAAGAUUUUUUAAAUAAUAAGAUUAUUUCUUGUGUCAAUUAUUUUCUAGAAAAUAAUCAAGGUCAAUGUCAUAUAUAUUCAUAUCCAUACACAAUGAGACGUUAUGAAAAUAUUGCAAAUAAUUUUCCAGGUGGAUUAUUUACAUGUGUUUAUGAAGUAUCAUUAUAUGAUGAACAUCCUUUUGAGCAUGAAUUUUUUAUUCGAAUUCAAAAAUCAUUUCCAUUUAUGAAACGUUUAGCUAUAAUUAAUAAAAAAGCACAAAAGUAUAAACAACGUAAAAAAUUGAAAAAUAUCAAUCAAGAUUUAUUCGUUAUUAAAUAUUCUCAUCUAAAGCGCCUUAUUUUGGAUGAAGCUCAUGAUGAUUACGUCGAACAAUUUCUACUUGAUACAAAAACAUGUCUACCAUAUGGUGUUGAUCUUUAUGUCGAUUAUAAACCUUUAAAGAGAGUAACAUACAAUUUUAAACGAAAUGAAACACGAAUUAAUUGUUCAAAAGUGAAAUAUAUAUGUUCAGAUACAGAUCUUCGAUUUCCAAAACAUUUCAAGGAUUAUUUUCUUGAUAUUGAUGUAUCAUAA